AUGGGAAGGCUGGGCGACAAGUCCGACUACGAGAGCAUCCGCGAGGCCCGCAUCUCCGAGAACAAGGCCCGGAUGGAGAUGCUCGGCCUGCUCCGCUGCGCCGGGGAGCUCAGCGCCAUCGCCCCCUCCACCGUCCGUCGCGCCGGAAGCGUCACCCCUAGGAAGACCCCCAAGCCGCCGCGAGUCCUCACGCCGCUCCGCCGCUCGGGCCGCCUGACCGCAGCGGCGACGCCAGCUAGAUCUGAGUCCGGCCGCCGCUGCUCCCCCCGGCUGAACGGGGGGUUGGAGCACCUGCCUUACAGAGAAGAGGACACCGAUGAAGACGAGGACGAGGAGAAGGCGGUGGUGUAUAUUGACAAGGAGAGGCUGCGGGUGCUGCAGGAGAGGCGCUGCGACAGCAAGGGGAGGGGUGCUGUGUACGAUCCUGUUCUCGGGAUCUGCUGCCAUUUCUGCAGGCAGAAGAAACUUUGCGGCGAGGAGGGAUGCAAGCGCUGCGGGGAAGGAGACUUUGACCAGCCAUGCAUAGGGAAGACUGAGUGCUCCUCCUGCCAUUCCACCAACGGGAUACUCUGCCGUGCUUGCCUUAAAGUUAGGUACGGUGAAGAGAUGGAUGAGGUUCGGAAGAACAAGAACUGGAUGUGCCCUCACUGUGUUGAGGAGAAGGGCACCAAGAAGUUCUGGAUAUGCAACAGCUCAUUCUGCUUGAAGAAGAGGAAGAUAGCACCAACUGGGAUUGCCAUAUUCCAAGCACGUGAGCAAGGAUAUGCGUCGGUCGCUCACCUUCUCAUGGACCAGCUGAAGUGCCGUGGAUCAUUCUGAGGACUGCUACUGCUUCCCACAUGCUCACUUCUUCAGUGAUUCUAGUGAUGAUUGGUGGUUGCUCUGGAUCUUUUGCUCUGUUAGUUGUGUUUAGAUGGUUGACAACGAGCCAUCUUAGGAGAAAAAUAAGGCACCACUCCUCUUCCUGAAGAAUGUGGAGCUACCAAAACCUUCAUCCCAGAUGUUCUCAGACAGUGAGGUGACCUUCCCUGAAGAUCGAAGCAAUGAUUCUGCGUCACCUAUGCGCUGUUAAAUGUAGUGGAUGAGCUUCUGAGCUUAACUAUGUGAACUGUUAGAUGUAGUGAGGUGUGUGUCUGCUGCUUGCGUUCAUUACCUGUAAAACGUCUGUUAUGUGCA